GGCAGAAGAUCCCAGGAGGCAAACAUUCCGCCUCGUGGAUUCCAACUCCCAGCUAAUAUCUCAGUUUCCCCAAAGAAGCAAUGAAGAUGAUCAUGAAGCAGAAGCCCUUGCAGGCCGGGGUCCUGACGGUGCUGCUUGUGGCCCUCACUGCUUUCCUUGGGCUUUUCUUUGGGUUGCGCUCCAAGCCCUCGUUUGCCCCGCAAGGAGACGCACAUGUCUACAGGAGCGCAGCGGUGGCCGCGGACGCAGGCCAGUGCUCCAGUGUUGGGAGGGAUAUCCUUCAAAGGGGGGGCUCCGCUGUGGAUGCUGCCAUCGCUGCUCUUCUCUGUGUGGGCCUGAUGAAUCCCCACAGCAUGGGCAUUGGAGGGGGCCUCAUCUUCACCAUUUACACAGUGGAUGGAAGAGUGGAAGUCAUCAACGCCAGAGAGGUGGCGCCAAAAAGUGCGUUCCAGGAUAUGUUCGGCAGCGACCCAGACCUGUCCAAGAAAGGAGGAUUGUCCAUUGCAGUUCCAGGAGAGAUCCGUGGGUAUGAAAUGGCACACAAGCGUCAUGGCAAGCUGCCAUGGGCAGAGCUGUUUUUGCCCAGUAUCAAACUGGCACGAGAAGGCUUCCCAGUUGGGAAAGGUCUGGCGGGAGCACUUGUGUACAAACGUCAAGCGAUUGAAAGCAACCCAUCCCUGUGUGAGGUCUUUUGCAAAGAAGGGAAAGUUCUCCAGGAGAAUGAGGUCCUCACCCUGCCCAAACUAGCAAGCACCUACGAGAUCUUAGCCAACGAGGGACCCAAUGCCUUUUAUACCGGGAGCUUAGCUCAGCAAAUUGUAGCAGACAUCCAGGAAGCAGGAGGGAAUAUCACCAUGGACGACCUGAGGGACUAUCGGCCAACGCUGGAUGAGAGCCCUUUGAAAGUUGACAUUGGCAAGUUCACCAUGUACACUCCCAGUGCCCCAUUCAGUGGGGCUGUGCUGGCGCUUGCCCUGAACAUCCUGAAAGGAUUUUCUUUCUCCAAGAGCAGCAUCGAAACUCUGGAGGAAAAGGCCUUGACUUACCACCGCAUCGUGGAGGCCUUCCGCUUUGCCUACGCCAAGAGGACUUUACUGGGAGACCCUGCGUUUGUCAACGUCACAGGGGUCAUCAUGAACAUGACAUCAGACCACUUUGCAGAGCAGCUGUGGGCCAAAAUCACCAACACCACUCAUGAAGUUGGCUAUUAUGAGCCAGAGUACUACACUCCAGAUGAUGCCGGAACUGCCCACCUCUCUGUGGUGGAUGAGGAGGGCAACGCUGUCUCCGCCACCAGCACCAUCAACCAAUACUUCGGCUCCGAGGUGCGUUCCCGCCGGAGCGGGAUCCUGUUCAACGACGAGAUGGACGACUUCAGCUCCCCCGGCAUCGUCAACGGCUUCGGGGUCUCCCCUUCCGUGGCAAACUUCAUCGUCCCCGGGAAGCGCCCCUUCUCGUCCAUGUGCCCGUCUAUCCUGGUGGACGCGGAGGGCAAGGUCCGGAUGGUGGUCGGCGCCUCUGGGGGCACCAAAAUCACCACCGCGAUAGCGCUGACCAUCAUCCGCUCCCUUUGGUUUGGCUACUCCGUCCAGGAGUCGGUAGAGGAGCCCCGCGUCCACGACCAGCUCUUCCCCUCCGUCACUGUCCUGGAGACGGACGUGGCACAGGAAAUAGAAGACGGGCUGAAGGAACGAGGACAUGACACCAAGAAAAACGAGACUGGAGCUGUUGUGCAGGCCAUCUUCUGGACAAAAGAUGGGUGGGCUGCAGCCUCAGAUUCCCGGAAAGGGGGCUUCCCCGCAGGAUACUAAACUGCUUUCAACCAUUUUGGACAGAUCUUGGACAGAUCUUGGACAUAAUGGCAGACCAACCAGUUUCUGGAGACCACCAAAACAAACCCACCUGCAAUGUGCCAUAGCGGAUCACACAUAAGGAGCCAAUUCUGCACCUUGGAUUCGUUUCAGAACUAGAAAGUUGCCGUAAACCCAUAACCCUUGACCGAUAUCCAAUAACUGCAGCACUAGGUGAAAUUCAGGUUAUUGAUUAUAAAAGGGGAAAAGCUACAAUAAAAGGGACUGUUUGUACAAGAAAGAUCUUCAAGAACUGCUUCAGUCAAGGAAAGACCUAUGAGAGGUAAUGUGUGAUCUCCCUGCCUUCCUCAGUCUGACCUCCCCAGUGAGACUCUUUCUUGUCUGUCAAAUAUCAUCAACAAAGAAAUAGGAUGAAUUUGACUGUCUUGAUGAUGAAUGUAGGACAAACAGAGAACUUUUAUCGCGAGUAAUGACACAUCCUGCAUCUUCUCAUGGUCAGAAGAAAUGACUGACGUUGAAACUGGUCUGGCUGUGUCAAGUUAACAGAAAUUGGACUGUGGUGAAUUUUGACAUGGGCAGAAAUCAAAAGGCAUGAAGAGUGCAUGAGAGAAUUUGCAACAGCUUGUCCAGAAAGUGAACUCACAGCCACACAGCAGGGAUUUAAAAAAAAUAUGAAA